AGUCGGCCGGCGCCGGGCACGCAGCGAACACGUCCCACACUAUGGCCGCCAACGGGUCCGCGGCGAUCGCGCCGCGACUCUGCCACGUGCGGAAGGUGCCCGACUUCGACGGGUACGGAUUCAACCUGCACGCGGAGAAGGGCAAGCCGGGCCAGUACAUCGGGAAGGUGGACGACGGCAGCCCGGCGGAGCGCGCGGGGCUGCGGCGCGGAGACCGCAUCCUGGAGGUCAACGGCAGCUCCAUCGCCGACGAGAGCCACAAGCAGGUGGUCGCGCGCAUCAAGGAGCGGCCCGACGACGCCGAGCUGCUGGUGGUGGCGCCGGCGCCGGGCGAGCAGCUGCCCGACCUGGAGGCGCCCGCGCCCGCGCCCGGCCGCGCCAGCCCGCCGCCGGAGCCCGCCGCCGACACCAAGCUCAACCUGCACAUGACCGCGGCGGAGAUGCGCGCGCACCUCGCCGCCAAGAAGAAGUUCGACCCCAAGAAGGUGCCCAUGGACCUCAAGUCCAAGUUCGACAUCGUCAAGAAACUGUGAGUGUUUGAUGUGAGUGAGCCGGAUGUCGGCGGUGUUGAGUGUUGCCGUCUCUCUCGCUCGUCGCCUACACCUGUGUUUUGGAUUUCCCUCCGUGCGACAGGGACGGAGCAUAUUACCACAUUCCGAUGUAAACGUUGUGCCUUCCACGAAUUGCCAUUGAAUAAUGUUGUACAUAGAUACUGUUAUUGUGUACCUAUUUAUAUGUAUGAGACGCGGAUUAAAUUUUAAUAAAUUGAUUAUCUAAAUGUGUAGUUUAGAGAUACUUAUAAUAAGUGCAAUUUUAUUGUUGUAUUACCAAUAAAUGAUAAUAAUAUAAUUGAA